CUAUACGGGUGUCAAUAUGGCGGCACCCACAGGGAGCUCCCUGCGGUAUGUAGGAUAUGCCAGGCAAUGGUUUUGUUUCAGACAAAACCGUUUUUUUAUCGUUCCAAACCGGAGUCAUUCCGUGUCAGAAAGUGGCGUUUUGUCUUUGCUAAGCAAGCGAGGGAUUUUGAAGGACGCUUUUCCGGAUACAGCUGGCCAGCUGCAGCUUCCCAUGUUGUUAGAGUCUGGCUCUCAGACUGUGUACUGCGGCUUUGACCCCACAGCUGAGAGCCUGCAUGUGGGCAACCUUCUGGCCAUCAUCGGGCUCCUUCAUUUCCGAAGCGCCGGUCACAAUGCCAUUGCUCUGAUUGGGGGAGCCACUGCCCAGAUCGGAGACCCGAGCGGAAAGGCCAGAGAGAGAGAGCCACUGUCUGAGAAGAGUAUAGAAACAAAUACCAGAGGGAUAAGGGACUGUCUGGAGCGUGUUUUUACUAAUCAUGAACUGUAUUCGCCUCGCAACUCCAAAAAGCCGCUGGGGACGGUGAAUAUCUUGAACAACGCCACCUGGUACAGAGGCAGGGAUGUGGUUGAGUUCUUGUCCACGGUUGGGAGGCAUUUCCGCAUGGGGACUCUGCUCAGCAGACAUAGCGUGCAGUCCCGCUUGAAAAGCGCAGAGGGUAUGAGUCUGACCGAGUUCUCCUAUCAGAUCUUUCAAGCCUACGAUUUUUAUCAUUUGAAUCAGCAUUACGACUGCAGAAUUCAGCUUGGGGGUACCGACCAACUCGGAAACCUGAUGUCUGGAUAUGAACUGAUUCACAAGGUAACUGAGCAGCAGGUGUUUGGGCUUACAAUCCCACUGGUAACCACCUCCACAGGUGACAAGCUGGGGAAGACUGCAGGAAAUGCGGUGUGGCUCAACAGAGAAAAGACCUCCCCCUUUGAACUGUACCAGUACUUCGUCAGGCAGCUGGACUCCAAUGCAGAGAGAUACCUGAAGCUGUUCACGUUCCUCCCUCUGCCAGAGAUUGAACACAUCAUGGACCAGCAUGGCAGGGAGCCGGAGAAACGAGGAGCACAGAAACGCUUGGCUGCUGAAGUGACGAAACUCGUUCAUGGCAAAGAAGGCUUAGAGAGUGCUAAGAGGUGCACCAACGCUCUGUACCAGGGCAGUUUGGAUGCCCUUGAGAAGAUGACAGAUGAAGAGCUACAGGAGCUUUUCCGAGAAGCUCCAUUCUAUGAAUUGCUGCUGGAACCCGGGACCUCGGUGCUGGACAUGUGCCGUAAAGCCAGUGCUAUUCCUGAUGGAGCAAGAGGGUACCAGAUGAUCACAGAUGGUGGGGUAUGGUUAAACCAUGCUCGUGUAACAAGCCCGGAGCAGGUCCUGAUUCCUGGACAGCACAUUCUGAACAACGGGCUCACUCUUAUCAGGAUAGGCAAAAAGAACUUUUACAUUGUGAAAUGGCUCCGCCUCUAAAAACCAGAGCAUAGAGGUUGUAUGUAAACUUCUCAUGCAAAGGGACAUCAGGUCAUUCAAAGUAAAGUCAAAUUUUGAAAUAAAAUCUAUUUAACUAAUAAAUACAAAAUUGUCUACUUAUUGAAAGUAUAGGUGGGAAUUGAUGUACAUUGAUUGAAUAGGCUAUAACCUUAAGGUUAAUUUAAAAAGGACCAGAAUGGUAAGCUAUCUAAAAAGCGGAUUACAUUAUACGUGUAUUUAUAUGGCAUUUUCUCAAUGCCUUUUUGCAACCAUUUUAAAAGUGGUGCAAUGCAUGUUGACUAGUUUACGAAGUAGUGUAUGUGUACACAGAUAAUGUAUGUGCACUAAUAUCAAUGUACAAUAUGUUAUCAAAGCAGUCAUUUCAUUGUGAUAUUUUUCUGGCCCCACGGUAGCAGAAUGUCAAAAAUCUUUGGGGCACAGACUCCAAACAUCCUGGAAAUUUAAGGGUGAGCGUAGUGAUUUAAAAAACAUGUAUGUUUCUGUAACUUGAGAUGACAAGAAUUGAACUACUGUGGCUAAUUAACCUAACCAAGUAGUUAUACAUUUAUAAUUAAGAAAAUGUGUUGGUUAGGCUUAUUAUUCAAAUCUGGUAAGAGAAUAGAUUAGGUGUACAAAAAAAAAAAAAAAAAAGUAACCAAAAACUCUGCUGUUUAGUUUAUAGAUUUGACACUUGUUAAGAUUAUGCAACAAAUAUAAUUUGAAAAAAUAAAAAGCAGAACUGUCAUGGAAACAAGCAAACUUUGGUUAAUUCAUGCAAGGGUACAAAAAAACCCCCCCAAAAAACCAUACGUUCAAUAAGGGUGGAUAAAAAUGUAUCCUGUACUAUAAUGCAAUGGCAAUACCAUAACUAAUUCUAUGAGCUAGCGCAUCCUUUUUUCAGUCAUGUGGUGUAUUUACAUGGUCAACUCUCCGGAAAUAUUCAGGACAGGGUCGCUGGAGUUGGAGGGACCAUGCCCCUCCCCACCCCCGACUUUUAAAAAGCGGGGGGCCACACCCCCUCACCUUUUGACAAAUGUGCACAGUGGAGAAAGGCACUUGUAUACAGGGCUGGUCUUAGGCCUAUGCAGCCUAUGUGACUGCAUAGGGUCCCAAACUUAUUGCUUCCCUUGGUCUUGAAUUUGGAUGCUCGCACUGCACCACUGUCAAAGUUUUGUAUGUACAUUAGGCUAUCGUUGCUUUCAGGAAUUAUCCCUCUGGGCCCUGCCCCACACAGAUAUAAAUAAACAUUUCAGGAACAGAGCAGAGCAGGGAGCCUGUUGCCAAACACCCCAGACUUUACAUUUUGAGACUGCAUGUCUCUACACAUUGCUUGUAUUUCUGAAAUUUACUUGUGUGUGUGUAUAUUAUAAGUAGGGCUAUAUUUUUUCCUGGUAAGAAUUGUUUAUUUCAUAACAUCUGAUGGUCUAAUAAUAGGUAUUUCAAGAUAUUUUUCAAUUUUAGGGAGGAGGAAGACUGUAAAGACUGCUUCCUACGUUGUCCACUCUUCCUUUGAAGAGCUAUGGGGGUGAGAACACAGUCACCUCUCGCAGGCAGUACUCGCACAAGGCUGAGGGAAGCCUGCUUGUUAGAAUGAACUAACAACCCUGUCGGAAUCGGGAUGGUACUGGAACAGUACCCGGUUGAUUCAGUACCAGUUGGGUGACUUUAGAACCAGGUUGGUGCGGUAACCUCGGUACCGGUUUGGUAAGGUAACCGGUCGGAAACAGUGGGUCGGUGACCUUGGUAGCUGUAUGGGUCCACCGGCUCGCACUUACCGCCUGUAGCACUGUACCGGUAUACCUACCUGUGCAAGCUACUGGCAAAACCAUUCAGUCAUUACUCAUACAGCCUACUUGUUAGAAUGAACUAACAACACUUUUGGAACCGGGACGGUGACUUUAGCACUGGGUCGGUACAGUACAUGUGUGAUACCAGUGUGGUAACAUACCUACAUCAUUUUCUAUACAGCAGAAGGGCUUUUGUCUGAAACGUGCCGAAAUAUAUUUUAACCAGUUAAAUCAUUUCAGUCUUGUGUCCAUCCAAAAAAACUUUUCUAAAAUCUCUAAUUUUUGUACACCGCAGUUAUACCUCCU